GUAGUCUAUUUUCUUUUCUUAGAUUUUUUUAGACAAAGAUUAUGAUAAAUCAUGGGUAAAAAGCGCAGCAAGCCUAAUGGAAGUGGGAGCAAGGCUCAGGCAAGUAAAGGGGGCCAUGGGUACUACUCGGCAGACAGUCAAGACGACGAGGUGGAGACGAACUGUUCGGAAAGUGACAUGCAAAGUGUGUUAUCAAACGACGAAAUACUUGGGGACCCAGAUCAAAGCUCUUCCUCAGCAGUGGAUGCCUUGCAUGAGAAAUUUUCAGAUUCUAUUAAUUUGCUAGAAAGCAGAACAGCCAGUGACAGAGAGAAAUCCCUUAAUUACAUAUGUUCUAUCUUGUCCUCCUCUUUCGUGCCUGAUUUGCUAGAAAACUUGUCUGAAACACUUUGUUCGGCGGCAUUGAAAUGCCUUACAAAGGGUAAGAAAACAGAGUCCAAGUUAGCCAGCAAUCUGCUUCUAUUGCUGUUUGUGCAACUGGGUGCGGAUAAAAUGUCGACUCAUGCAGAUGAGAUAAGAAAAGGGCUGUUGGCAGCGUCGAAUAAUGUGAACCAUUCAAUGGAGUCCAGAGGUCGCUUUUUCUAUAUUCUCUCCCUCUGCUCUUUCUUCAGUCUGGAUAACGAAGAUGAUGGCAAUCUUCUGGACAGUUUGGAAACAGUGGUAUGUGGAACAAUGAAGAAAGAAGUAGUUCCACUAGUAGCCUGGGCCUUCGAAAGUUGGUGUGUUUUGGCGAUACAAUUCAGAGCAGAAAGAAUAGUCGAAAACAGUGAAAAGCUAUUGUUCAGAGUGCUGAAAAUCUUCGAGGAGUUUCAAGAUAACAAAGAACUGAGACUCGGUGCUGGUAAAAUGGUCGCUCUUAUUUACGAAACGUUCAAUAAUCCAGAAGCGCAAGUUUUUAGAAAGUUCCAAAAGUUUGAAGAUCUGUACGAUUUACUCGAAGAGUUAUCUAAAAAAGGUAGCAAUGUUGUGAGCAAACGUGACAAGAAAGCGCAGAAGUCUUCGCUCCGGGAAGCAAUUUCCUAUAUGGAUGGAGAAAGCUUCAAAGCAGAAGUAGUGAAAUUUGGAAAAGAGACCUUGGUCAUUAAUUCUUAUUCAAGCUAUCUGUUGUACGAGGCUUUCAAAGAGGUCCUAGGAACUGGUGUAAACAAGCAUCUAGCCGUAAACCCUACUGUAAGAACCAUCUUUGACCUGUCGGAACCAGGUGCCACUGGAGUUUCAAACCUCGAUAGAAAAACGAUGAAAGAGAGAAUGAAGGGGGAGUUCAGUGAAAAUGACAAAGCAAGAACUCUUUACCUGCGGAAGCAACGCGGAAAAAGGACAGAUCAUUCUUAUGACUAAGUUUUGUGUGUGGUAAAUGCGAAUAAUAUUUUGUUAAAAUUGAUAAUCAAAAUGUAUUUCAAAAUGACAAUGAAUUAACAUAUGCAACAUUCAACAGCAGUCUUAUUGUUUGUUCUAUAUCUUCUCGGAUCUCUUUAAGUAUCCCCCAUUGUGAAAGGGGGAUUUGCUACUAAGUAAGAAUUCCGCAUAUGCUUAACCAUUGAUAUAAUCUUUUACAGGGGUCGUUAUUCUAUACUUGGUACAAAAGGUAUUGGUGUAUAGUUAAAGAGAUCCAUUUUGUCCUUUUAACCUUCUCUUUGAAGGUGUUUUAUUGAAAUUUAGUUAUACCGGUAUGUUAUUUUGAAUAAUUAUUUUAUUUCCAUUAAACUAUAUUAAUCCAAGUGCUUUUUAUUAAGAAAAAUAGUCGUAUGUAUGU